UUCUACCAAAAAGCAUCCGCGGACCGACGAGCUGCGCAGAAGCUCAUUACCCUCAGCAGCAAUCCCUCGAGCCCCAUGAUUGCCACGGCGGUGCACUUGGGUCCCUUUCAUGGCGCACCAUUCAAGCUACCCAUUCCCAAGCUACACGAACCCGUCACCUCUUGCCCCACCUUACUCAUCCUCUCUCACCACUUGCUUCUACCUAUCGCCCGCUCAGCCAAAUCCCGCCUCGCCAUCAAAGCCCUUGCAUCCUCCGAUUCACACACCUUCUACUCCCACUCCGCCUCCGCCGCCGCCGCCAUGGAAUCCAUUGCAGACAGGCACAACUUCAUGAUAUUUGAGGAUCGAAAAUUUGCUGACAUUGGAAAUACUGUUACCAUGCAAUAUGAAGGGGGAUUGUUUCGCAUUUUGGAUUGGGCAGACAUCAUAAAUGCACAUAUAAUAUCGGGGCCGGGAAUAGUGGAUGGUCUAAAGUUGAAGGGUCUGCCUCGAGGUAGGGGGCUGUUACUGCUUGCUGAAAUGAGCUCAGCCGGUAACCUCGCCACUGGUGAUUACACAUCUGCUGCCGUCAAAAUUGCUGAUCAGCAUUCAGAUUUUGUGAUCGGAUUCAUAUCAGUUAAGCCAGCAUCAUGGCAAUAUCAACCUGUAAAUCCAGCUUUUAUUCAUGCAACACCAGGAGUUCAAAUGGCUUCUGGAGGAGAUUCACUGGGCCAACAAUAUAAUACUCCCUACUCUGUAAUCAAAGAAAGAGGCAGUGAUAUCAUAAUUGUAGGGCGGGGGAUAAUAAAAGCUGCGAACCCGGCGGAGGCAGCUAAAGGUUAUCGAAUUCAGGGAUGGAAUGCCUAUAAGGCAAGUUGCUCUUAGAACUUCCAAAAUUUCCUUUUCCUUUUCUCUGUUUUUUUAAAUUUUGACAAAUGAAGUUUUGCAGUCGCGGUUAUGUUGCUCCUUUUUAUCUUCAAUCAUAAUUUCUAUGGAUGUUGAUAUUAUUCAACUGAAAAUUCUUAAUUCCGUGUUGCUAGAGCAACCACAAUUGAAUGUACACCU